AUCUCCACCCUCCAGCCUCCCCCUGACACUUCUCAUAAAUAUUACCAAGGCUUAUUCGGGAGGCUCCCACCAUAAAGUCACAUCGUGUCCUGGUUUUAACAAGUUUUCAACCGUAAGAAAAUCGGAAAUUUGCACCUUUUUUCCCUUCGCCACAGCGUUGGCAGUAUCGGAUGCGCUCCAGCCACCGUUUUUCCAACUCGAACUUUACGCACCGGCUACUGCGCCACUAGCUGGAGAGCUGCUGUUGCCGUUUACCGGCUGCUGCCCCGGGGAUCCAGUCCUGGUUCUCCGGAAUCUUCGGCGUCGAGGGCAAAGAUCCCUGAUAAAAUGUAUAAUUAAUGUUUUAAUUUGUGGCUCUCGAUCGAUCGGAGGCUGACUUUCUGUCAACUUGGCUUCGGGACUUUGACUUGUGUUUCUCGUCACUGCUGGCAAAGAAACCGAGAAACCACAAGUGAUUCAGUGUCACAAACUUCAUUGUUUCUGUCCACAAGAAGAGGAGAAAGAGGACACUUUUUAUCCAGAUUCUUUAAAAUAUCGAGGAUCCAUGAUGAGCAAACCAACCGGUUCAACAAGUGGCUGUUUGGAUAUUCUGAAUGUCAAAUCAAGUCGGAUUCUGGACAUCCCAUGUAAAGUGUGCGGUGACCGCAGCUCAGGGAAACACUAUGGUGUUUACGCCUGUGAUGGCUGCUCGGGAUUCUUCAAGAGGAGCAUCCGCAGAAAUCGGACUUAUGUGUGUAAAUCUGGCUCGCAGGGUGGUUGUCCCGUAGACAAAACUCACAGAAACCAGUGCCGAGCUUGUCGUUUGAAAAAGUGUCUGGAAGUGAACAUGAAUAAAGACGCCGUUCAGCACGAGAGGGGGCCACGAACAUCUACAAUUCGCAAACAGGUCGCUCUGUAUUUCCGGGGCCACAAAGAGGUGAAUGGCUCCUCGGCACAUUUCCCCGGAUCCUCCCUACCCGGUCCUCCUUUUUUCACCACUGUCACCCAGCUGGAGCCGCACAACUUGGAGAUGAGCACAGUAGCCACUACACCGGAAAGACAGGCCAUCGUGGGUCUAGCACAGCCAACUCCUAAGUAUCCCCACGAGGUCAGUGGCACCCCCAUGUAUCUGUACGAGGUGGCUACGGAAUCUGUGUGCGAGUCAGCUGCGCGUCUUCUCUUCAUGAGCAUCAAGUGGGCAAAAAGUGUCCCCGCGUUCUCCACCCUCCCUUUAUCUGAUCAGCUGAUUCUGUUGGAGGACGCUUGGAGGGAAUUAUUUGUUCUGGGCAUCGCGCAGUGGGCCAUUCCCGUGGACUCCACAACUCUUCUCGCUGUUUCUGGGAUGAACACUGAAAACACGGAGUCUCAGCGGAUGAACAAGAUUAUGUCUGAGAUUCAAGCGCUUCAAGAGGUGGUCACCAGAUUCAGACAGAUGCGCCUUGACGCGACCGAGUUCGCCUGCUUGAAAUGUAUCGUGACAUUCAAAGCUGUUCCUACGCAUGGAAGCACAGAAUUAAGAAGUUUCCGCAACGCCAGCGCUAUUGCUGCUCUGCAAGAUGAAGCCCAGCUCACUCUCAACAGUUAUAUACACACCAGGUACCCGACUCAGCCGUGUCGUUUUGGUAAGCUCCUCCUGCUGCUGCCGGCCCUCCGCUCUGUCAGCCCGUCCACCAUAGAGGAGGUGUUCUUCAAAAAGACCAUCGGCAACGUUCCCAUCACCAGGCUCCUGUCCGAUAUGUACAAAUCCAGCGAUAUAUGAAUUCUCACCAUCUGCCGGGGCGCGUGAGGAGGGGGGAAAAAAAGACUGGAGGCCCACGAGGAGACCCACUGAACAAUCAACACAGACUGUCAAAUCAUAGCACGUGUAGCCACGGCACAAAAUCUCUUACGGGCUGUCUUAAUACAGCCUAUUUAGGCUUAGGCUCCAUUGAACACAUCUGGAUCACAACUUUAGCCUGUUAACAGUUGCUCUAGUCAAGGAUUAGCAUGUACCUUUCAUUAGAGACCUGCCUGUCUGAUUCUGAAAACUGCAAUAUCUUGUGGCCAAAACAGCUUGCAGCGUUUAAAUGUCGCCUUAAGGCUCUGGAGAGCACCUGCCAAGCACGUUUCCUAAAGAAACGCUGUACAUUAAGACUUUUUUUGUUUUGAUUUUUUCCGAGUGUCUAUGAGACCAAUGAGCUUGACGACCAAUUCACCAUUUUAUUUCUGUGUUCAAUCCCAACGGAGGAAACCAAAAAAAAAGAACAAGAAGCAUCCGGGGGGGAGAUGCGAGUCGCUGUUCCUCAAUUCGGUGCUGAAACCAAAUGCACGGAUGAGGCGUCAGCUCCAUGAAGCAUUGCGGAGGACUCUUUAAAAAGGAUGCACUAUCUACCCCCCACCCCCUUUGACUGUAAAACUACAUUCAUCUGAAAAAUGGUGUCUGUAUUUAAAUGGCUGUCCCGUUUGUUUGGUGUGUCCUGUUUGAGGCGCAGCAUAAAAAAAAGAAAAGAAAACGCUUAAGGUCGACUUUUUGAAGUUAGACACUAACACUGGAUAAAAUCUUAUUCAGCACUUGGAAAUGUUUUUGUGGCCUGUAAUGUUUUUAUUCUGUUGUAAAAACAAAAAAGCAAAAAAAACCCAUAAAAUUUUUAAUGGAGUUAUAACUAUUUAGAGUUGUAACCAAGAGAAUAAAAGACACUGAAUUAAA